AUGUCCUUCCACUUCCGGUAUAGGAAACGCAAGUACACACUGGGUACCUGUGUGGUCUUCCUUGUCGGGCUCAGUGUUUGGAUGCUCCGGAAGCCAACAACUUUUCAAUUUUACAAGAAAGCCAGUGACAAGAAGCGGGUUCUUGUGCCACAAACCUUUGCACUCGGGAUGAAGGAGAGGAAGAUCCUGGAGCAUCUGCUGUUCAUGCAGGAUGCUCCUUGGGAACCCAACCCUGCCGCAGUGACCCAAUACAGGGCAGAACUAGGGCACUGCUGCAAUGCUUCCUUCCGGCUGGUGGUAACCAGGGAAAAUGCACCACGGAAAUCACAUAUCAUCUUAGAUGGGGAAAAAGGAAUGAAGCUGCUGGUGAACGCCGAGCUGACGUCCCUGCUGCCGGAGAGAUCCCCCUUCUCAAAAUCUCGGUAUCGACGUUGCGCAGUCGUGGGCAACAGUGGAAUCCUAAAAAACAGCCGCUGUGGAGAUGAGAUCGACCAGGCUGAUCUAGUAGUCAGGUUCAAUCUGCCUCCCAUGAAUUUCUCUGAAGAUGUGGGGACCAAGACAAGCCUGGUGACUGUCAACCCCAGCAUACUUCAGACUAAAUACAAGAACUUGGAGGCCCAGAGGAAGCCUUUUGCAGAUGCUCUGCAGCUGUACAGGGACGCCCUCUUCCUCAUCCCAGCUUUCUCCUUUGCGGGCCUCAGUGAUCUCAGUUACCGUGCUGUGUACACCAUGGAGGACUUUGGUUUAAUGCAGCAAGGCUUCUUCCUGAAUCCACGCUACCUGAGCACCCUAAGUGACUACUGGAAGAAUCAAGGCUUGAAGCCUCUGCGCCUUUCCUCCGGCUUCAUGUUUGUCAGCAUGGCUUUGGAGUUCUGUGAGCACAUCACUCUCUACGGCUUCUGGCCCUUCCUGCAUGACCUGGCUGACCAGCCCAUCUCUCAUCACUACUACGAUAACGUGUUGCCCAAGGCUGGUGUACAUGCCAUGCCCAGCGAGUUCUCACAUUAUCUGAGCAUGUAUGCGAAAGGUGUGCUGCGGUUACGACUUGGCAAAUGUCAGUGAG